CAGCAACGACGCUCAUAAACGAACAUCAAUGUAUUUCUGCUCCGCUACAAUUGUUGUGUUGUUUGUUGCUAGACUACUGAUGCCAGAGAAACAACAUCAGAGGAUUUAUGAUAGAAGACUAUUAAAUUAUAUUUCCAUUUCUGCAUCGUUUAUUCCCGAUUAACGGUGUAAUACCAGAGAUUGUACGAAAUCUAAAAUAAUCGCUUGGGGUAUCGCUAUAGCUGCGAGGCUAUUGUUGCUUUCGUGUCGUUUUGAGGACAGGCAUUUGAUUAUGUUUUGAUCUCAAAGGAAGAGGCGUUUAUUUUAUUUUAUAUCUCUACCAAAUGCUUGUUUUCCCCCGCAGCUAUAGCUAAGGCAAACGUGUCAACGUAGCGAAAUGAAGCACAGGAAAAUGACAAGAACACGCAAGGAGAGGUUCUCCAACUGUCCACUUUCUCCAAAGAGAGAUUAGUUUAUCAUUUUAUAAUCUGUAUCAAACUUCAACGAUGUCUCUCGUGGCCAGCGAUAUCCCGACGGACGAAGACCUAGAAGAUCUGGUUGAGGAUGGACUUUCUCUUGCUACCUACAUAUCAGACUCUGGAAAGAAAGCCAGGAAAAAGAAGCUGUCUGGUAAACCUCCCCCUUCUCCCAGGUCUCCGUAUCUCUCCAGUAUGGAUGUGAACCAGAGGAGAUCAGCGGUGUCAGCUUGGAGGCCCCUGAGAGGAACUCUGGGGGAGAGGGGGGAGGCCCUAGGGGGGAGAGGUGACACUCUGUUGGAGAGGGGUGAGGCAGCUCGUACCCCCAGAGAGAACUGUCUGGCUUCGCUAAGCAACGGGCACGGUCUGUCCCAGUCUCUGAGAGUUGACUUUGACACAACACACACCUCAGCCUGUCUCUCCUCUUCUCCCUGCACUCCAGAGUAUCUCCAACAGGUUCCCGGCAUUAAGAAACCCAAACACCUGCACUCCUCAUCCAAUGACUACAGAGAGAAGGAGGACAUGUACGAUGAGAUCAUCCACCUCAAGAAGAGUCUUCAUGCCCAGAAGUCCGAGAAGGACAGGAUGAAAGCCAAACUACGGCGUCUGGAGGAGGACAAAACUAAGAAAGACAAGCAAAUAGAACAGCUGUUGGAUCCCACCAAGGGACCGGAGUACACACUGAGUCUGGUGGACAAGAAACACCAGGGGAGCCUGGUUGUUAAUGGACUGAAACAGAGAAUCCUGAAGCUGGAACAGCAGUGUAGAGAGAAGGAGAACACUGUGACCAAACUGCAGAGUGAGCUGCAGACCACUAAUCUGGAGGAGUUGAAGAUCACAGUGGAGACCUACUUUGAGGAGAUUCAGAGACUGAGGAUGAUAUUGGAUGUAACAGAGAAAAGCAGUAGAACAGAGAGUAAAGGUUCUCAGAGGAAGCAGAAGGUUCUAAGCUCUACGGUUCUGCGUCUAUCAGAGAACCUUAAACAGCUACAGCAGGAGAACCAUACACUGAGAGAGGAACUCAACACAGACAGCCCAGCCAGUGGGCUGAAAGCCUACAAAGACUGGAGCCGACAGAGAGUGUUGAGGAGACUGGUGGAACUGGAGAGGAGGUUAGAGGAGGGGAGCAGAGCCCCGGCCAGGAGGAGUGGGGUGGACAGACUGGUCCAGACGGACCACCACCACCCCACACCCACGGAGACAGGGGUUGCUACGACGCCGGGGAUAACCACCAUAACAACGGAAGGGGGCGUUGCAGUGGUAAACACCCAACAGGAAGGGGAGGGGUUUGAACGUCUGAAGGGGUGUGUCAGACAACUGGAGCAGGAGAAGGCGGAGCUACAGGAGACGCUGACCGAUAGAGAACAGGAGCUGAGACGACUGAUGGCCGAAUCUUCUGUUUUCAGACGGGAGCUGAGACGACUGAUUGAGCCUGAAUCUUCUGUUUUCAGACAGGAGCUGAGACGACUGAUGGCCGAAUCUUCUGUUUUCAGACAGGAGCUGAGACGACUGAUGGCCGAAUCUUCUGUUUUCAGACGGGAGCUGAGACGACUGAUGGCCGAAUCUUCUGUUUUCAGACAGGAACUGGAGGUAGAGCAGCUGACCGUGAAGAUACAGUCUCUGGAGGAGGAGAAGAAGAGAUGGACUGAAGAAGAACAGAACCAGGAGAACCGGAAGGAGAACCCAGAAGGGAGGGAGGAGAAGAAGAGAUUGACUGAAGAAGAACAGAACCAGGAGAACCGGAAGGAGAACCCAGAAGGGAGGGAGGAGAAGGAAAGAGAGGAGAGGGAAGAACAGAACCAGGAGAAGGAAAGGGCAGCUAGGGUGAUCCAGAGAGAGUGGCUGGAGCACAGAGACAGGGUAACUAACUAA